AUGGCAUCUAAUGCUAGAGGUGGCAGAGGUGGGGGCCCGGGAGCUUCGCAAAGGCUCAGCGCCACACCGACAGGUAAUUGGCGCACUGGAGGACCGAAUGGUGCUGCAUCUGGUGCAAGUCCUGCAGGCGGAGCAGGCUCGAGAUGGGCCGCUGGACCUCCAAGGAACAAUCAAAGUGCUCAGAACGGGAACGCCAGCGGAAGCUCCACACCCGGUGUUGCUGGGCCCGCUGCAAGCAAGGGAGCCAAUCCUGCCAUCGCUUCACCAAGCAGCACGCAUGCUAUCCCCACCACGUCGUUCCCAUCGCUUGCCGCAAGCGCACAAGCCGCUCAGGCCAAGCCCCCGAAUGCUGCUGCGAAGGAUAUGAGGGAGCGCCUGACAUUUCUGCUGGUGUCUCUUAUCGGCACUCCUGUAGUUGCAACAACUCAUGGUGGCUUCAAAUUCAUCGGCAUCCUGAGCGCCACCUCGCCGGACUCCGACGAGCUGGGCGUCGCCCUCUCUGCUGCGCAGGAGGUGCUUCCUGGAGGGGAGUAUGGACCGCUGCGAAAGAUGCUCGUCAUCAAUGGUAGCGAUCUGGACGAGGUGCACGCCUCUGACGUUCGGUUGGGCGAGGUGCAAUCCGAGCCGAAUAGGAAGCGAGACGGCUUUCGGACUGACACCGAGAUUUCCAAGCUGGGUGAUCCAUUCGGUGGCGGGCGGGAGCUCCAAAAAUGGUCUGAUGACCCGGAGCUGGCGCCAAUCGAAGCGCCUGGCGGGCUCAGCGCCGCAAGCGGCGCACUUGAUAGUGCUAGCCGAGGCGGCGAAUGGGACCAAUUCAAGGCCAAUGAAGCGCGCUUUGGUCUCAAGAGUGACUACGCAGAAGAUCUGUACACGACUCGUCUCGAUAGAUCGGGCAAGGACUUUGCGCAGCGCGAACGUGAAGCAGACCGCUUGGCGAGAGAGAUCAUGGGCCAGGCUUCUACUAAUGCUCACAUCGCUGAAGAGCGUGGGCAGCACGAGAACGCCAACAUUACAGAGGAGGACCGAUACGGUGCGGUGGUGCGCAACCCGAAUGCGUACGUCCCGCCGGCUUUGCGCCGAGCCGGGGCUGCCACCACAGGGACUGCCUCACCAAAGGCCAACGGAGUUCCACAACCUGCCGCUGCUGCCGCCGCCCCUGCCGCCGCCCUCCCUUCUCAAUCUGCUAGUGCAGCAGCCGCUUUACCCAUCGCGGUCCCCAGCUCCAAUUCUGUCCACGUUUCAUCCGGACCGCCUGCCGAGAGUACCUCGACAGGCACCCUCGAUGCAUCGACAGCCGCACCAGUGUUGCAGACGCAAGCGCCGACCCCAGUACUCGGCACCACUCCAGAAACCGCAUCAGUCGAUCCGGCCGCCAAAAAGGAUGCAGAGUCCCGGCAUAUACUGGGCGACUUCCGCGAGUUCGUCAACAAGGAGAGAGAACGCUUGGAAAAGAAAAGAGCCGCUCUCGCCAAAAAGGAGAAAGACGAUAGGUUGGCCGAACUCAAACAAUGGGGCGGCAGCUUCAAGCUGAAGACGCCCGUUCCAGCCGACGUUGCGAAGUCGCCGAGCGGAUCGAAAGGAGUUACGACUUCUCUCUCGCCAUCCGGCGCCGCAGCAUCGGAAAAGCCUCGCGACCCAACGCUGCUCAAGAGUUUGAGCCCAACCACCGUCGCUGGGGAAGCAGUGCGCUCAGCCGACAGAUCGGAAGGAACCGCAUCCGUCGCUACUUCACCUAAAGUGGCGCCUCGCUUCGCUGCUACCGCUUCGAACGUCAGCGCAGGCGCUGCCAGCCGCGAAUCACAGCCAAUCUCAAAGGGCCUAGCAGGCAUGACGAUUCCGAAGAUACCGCCUUUCAACCCAAAUGGUGCAGCCAAGCGGAAAAGCCCAGCGCUUGCUAGCUCGAGCACUUCAGCGACGAUAUCUGGUGGGACCACGCCGUUCAACGAUGGCGGGCCAGCCUCCGGCGCUCCGGGAGGUGCAUCUGGCCUCACAGCGUCGACUAGCGUCUUUAAAAUGAGUGCGAAAGCAAAUUCAUUCAAACCUUUCAAUCCCAAUGCUACUGCAUUCACCCCAGGGACGACCGCGAAAAAGGAUGUGUCUACCUUGGGCGCCUCGACACCUGCUAAGCCUACCAAUCCUUUCUUCGGCAAUCGCGUGAUCAAGAAGCCGACCGCACCAAGUUCGCUCCACGUUCGCGAAGACUUCAAUCCUUUCAAAGUCAGCAAGGUACCAGAGGCUUCGGCUGUUGGACCGCUUUGGACUUUCACGGGCAAGCCGUAUCGUCAGCUCUUCGCUGCCGUCUUACCACCAGGUGGCCCGCAGGCAGGACCCAGCGGACAGGUGUCCGGCGUCGGAUUCAGCACUGAAGAGGGCUCAGCUGGCUCCGCAGCCCCUGCGCACGUUGCCCAAGGAGCGCCGCAGCAACACUUUGCCCACGUUCCCGUUGGAGCUCAAGGUCAAGCGAUGCAGUCAUUCGGUCAAUCUCAGGCGGGCGCCUCUUCAAUGCCGCAACCGCAUCCGACUGGUCCGGGCGGACCUGCAAACAACGUAGCUGCACCGGGCACGCCUGGUGCUCAGCACGUCCAGCCUGGACAGCCGGCUCAUCCUCCUCAGGCAGGAUUGCCGCCUCACUCGCAAGGUGGGCCACCACACCAUGGACAGCCUUUUGCGCCGAUCAUGUAUGCAGCACAACCGUAUGGCGCAUAUCGCUUCCAGGGACAGCCGCAGCAGCAACAAAUGAUGCCCCAAAUGCAAAUGCAACCAGGGGCGCCAAUGCCGUACGGUGCUAUGCCCCCACACUUUGCCAUGCAGGGCAUGCCAUUCUCACCACCCCUUCCACCUCACGGUGCUCCAUCAGGCUUGUACAGCCCACAGAUGGGACAUCAAAUGCCACAUGGACCGCAUGGCAACCAGUUCAUGGGCGGGGCAGGUGGCCACUCUGGUGGACCGCCACCUCCUCCUUACGUCGGCGGCCUUCCCAGCGGCGGUCCCCCCCCACGGCCUGGUCAUAUGCCACCGCACAUGCAGGGCAAGGGACCACCAGGUCAUUUCUACCAGGGCCAACCGAUGCAAGGGAUGACAUAUGGCGCUCCUUUCCCGCCAGGCGCUCAGCCUUUUCCGCCAGGAGGGGGGCCGCAAGCGUCUACUGGUAAUGGUAACGUCAGCGGGUCGAAUGCAGGACAGCAACCAUCUAGCAGUGCAGCGCAAACACCGUCUUCGGGAAGCGCGCAGGGUUGA